GUUUCGGCAACUGCCGAGCGUAUGUCCGGUUUUGUCACGGUCCCUUCGCUCCUCAACCAGCGCUGACUGCUGUUGAUCACAUCGCAUACUAUGGGAAAAGCCAAGAAAACCCGCAAGUUUGCCGCUGUGAAGCGGCUGCUAAACCCCAAUGACGCUCGUCUCAAGGAGAACCAGCUGAAGCAAAAGAAGAAAGAGGAAGAGGAGAAGGCUAAGGCAGUCCGCCGAGUGCCUCAAGUCGCUUCAUCACUCUUCCUUGCUCACAACACUGAACUAGUCCCUCCAUAUCGGGUGCUGAUCGAUACCAACUUUAUCAACUUCAGCCUUCAAAAUAAGCUAGAACUCGUCAGUGCGAUGAUGGACUGCCUAUAUGCGAAGUGCAUACCUUGCGUGACGGACUGCGUAAUGGCGGAGUUGGAGAAGCUUGGACACCGGUACCGUGUGGCCCUCAGAGUCGCGCGAGACCCCCGUUUCGAGCGCCUAAAUUGUAGCCACACGGGAACAUACGCCGACGAUUGCUUAGUCCAACGUGUGACGGCACACAAGUGCUACAUUGUGGCAACGUGCGAUCGAGAGCUUCGCCGUCGAAUACGCAAAAUUCCGGGGGUGCCUCUCAUGUACAUCGUGUCUCGGCGAUACGCCAUUGAGAGACUACCAGAUCAGGCCGCACCUGGAGCGUGAGGGGGUCAUUGGCUUGCCAUGAGUUUCUGGGUGCUAGGAAGUCGGCAAGCUAUCAAAAGUAGACACGUACUUACAGAUAAUUUUAUCAAUGUAUCAUUUCUGGUAAAGGCCUUUCGGAAAGUUACUG